CAGUUUUGCUUGACGUCAAUCCCGAAUCCUAACGGACUGGCAAUGUCUCACAUCGAAUGGAGCCAGGAGCCAUGCGAGUAUACCAUGUUUCGUAUCACCGCAACGCGUGCCAGCGGAAAAAAAGGGUUGCUCAAAUCACUUUGACACCAAGAAGGGCCGUUGGAAUGGCUUACGCUUCAAAUCCAUCACUCAAACUCGUUCCUUGAACGGCAACCUGAGCUUGAAGUCUCGGUAUCGAGAGUUCACUUGUGGAUCAAAACGUUAUUUAAAAGAUGAGUACGCCCUUAAAGGAAAACCCCAGCCUAUUCUAUGGGCAGGGCUGGCAUGUAACAUCGGCGACCAGCAUCUUCAGUUGUACGACCGUUACAAGCGCAUACGGAGUACAACGUACACGGCCGAACAAAGUUUACGAACAAUAUCACUGCAGCAUGGCCAGCUAAACCUGCCACUUAUUGGCAUUCUCAUAUUCCGUAUAUGUCAACAGACCAACAUCAGCACACGCUGAGGUUCAUACACUGUUCGAUACUUCAAACAUCAUUUGCUGAUCUGGUGGCUGCAGUGAGGAUCGUAAAAUACAUCCAAUCGCUUUGCCCUUUCCUACCACGAGGAACAACGGCCCGAGACUAUGACUUCACAUACCACUUGAAAAUGAGUCGAAAUGUCGGUGUGAUUGAUUCGGAUUCCAUAGAAGAAGUCUUCAAGGUCAGGCUGGUAGGAUUUCUAUCCUCCUCAUCAUGGAAAAUCUCCGAAGGAGCACAAACGCAUUGGUUUCGAAGUACACACCAAAAACCCAGUCAACCUACAGCAACAGAAAGAAGGAAGUGUCUCGGGACAAGACGAUUCGGUGUGAAAUUUCAAAUAACACACACCUCAGUCACAACGGGCAUUCUUGCUCACGUUUCUCGUUACGAAAAGCACGUUCUCAGCCCAUCAACGGUCCUCAUAGUCGCCACAGGACUCUCUGAUCCACAUUCCUUACCAAGCAUACACUCAUCGAUCACAAAAUGCAGGGUCUUAAUCAACCCCCGCAACCAUUUCCCCAUGUCACAAACCAGACUCGUUGAUUCAGACCCUUGUUUUCGUUCCCCGAUGUCCUUAUUUGAGGAUGACUUCCUUCAUCACCACGUGUUCCAGCCCUCAACCCGAGGAAACUCUAGCAGCUCUUUGCGGAGGGGGAUUGCAUGUGCUCUAAUCAUGACAGCUGACCUAAUGCGGCAUCUCAAGGGCCUCAAGUCACCAAAGUGGAAUGGUAAUUUACCACAAACAACAACCCCCACGCGAGAACCCUAUCGCUCGACGAGGAUCAGCUUCAUCACAGCCAUGACCACGAAGAGCUAUCCAAGUCAAGUUAAAAACAUCUGACUGAGCAUAGCAGGCUUGUUGGUAGGUAAGGCAAGGUACACUACUUUCUCUCCGGAACUCUUUAUGCAAACUUGCCAAACCCAUCCCUUAUUGCAUCCACCCGCUGCCACUCUCGCCAUUACAAUACAAACCUACCUUCCAGCAAAGGACUGAAGGCCGAGAGGGAAGCCCGGAGGCCGGAAGUCAAUCACAGACAGACAGGAUUUGAUGUUGAAACCGGUAGUCUGCCAUGGUAAACUUCAUCCAAACUCUCCAAGUCUGAACCGCGAUAACAUCACCAAAACAAUGGUUGAAAUCGUAUUUUUUACUCGAGCUAUUUCGAAAUCGAAUGGGCUCUAUCCCUGUCUGCUUGCAUGAGACUCUCUUUCAAAUUUCUAUGU